GCUGCGGACAGGGGACGGGGGUGGACGCGGACGCGGGAUUCCGGGCGGUGGUCGCCGACCUCCACCGCUGUCCCUCCCCGGGCUCGGGCGGGCUGGGCGCGGCCCCGGAGGCGGGUGGCGCAGCCGUGGUAGCAGCCACCGCGGUCCCGUCACCCCAGAAGUGUUCGGGCCGCAGUCAGUCGUCGUCUCCUCCGACGGAGCGGGCGCGGUGUCGCCCCUCGACUGGGGGUUCCGUCAUGAGAUGACUGUCCGGUUCUGAGGGCGCUUGGCUGCCCCCUAGAACGUCAUUCGGAGCUGAGGCCGCACAUAUCCCCGAGGCGCGGACUGAAGCUUUGCGCACCUGUGACCACUGGAGACCCCUCCUUGUGCGACACUCCGCCGCACAGUGAAAAUCGUACAGGUGUUAAUGUCGCUGGCAAUAUUGGAAGCAUGUCAAAGUGAAACAAGGAAACAACGCAAAUACAGGGUUAUGUAUGCAGAAUAUGUAACUCUAGUAUGACAGGGUCCGAGAUUCCAUCUGCCUUUUAACCAUGAAGGAGACUGACCGGGAGGCUGUUGCAACAGCGGUCCAAAGGGUUGCUGGGAUGCUUCAGCGCCCGGACCAGCUGGACAAAGUGGAGCAGUAUCGCAGAAGAGAGGCCCGGAAAAAGGCCUCCGUGGAGGCCAGAUUAAAGGCAGCUAUCCAGUCACAGUUAGACGGGGUGCGCACAGGCCUGAGCCAGCUCCACAACGCACUGAACGACGUGAAGGACAUUCAGCGGUCCUUGGGUGAUGUCAGCAAGGACUGGAGACAGAGCAUCAACACCAUCGAGAGCCUGAAGGACGUGAAGGAUGCCGUGGUGCGGCACAGCCAGCUUGCUGCUGCCGUGGAGAACCUCAAGAACAUCUUCUCAGUGCCCGAGAUCGUGAGGGAAACCCAGGACCUCAUAGAGCAAGGGGCGCUCCUGCAGGCCCACCGGAAGCUAAUGGACUUGGAGUGCUCCCGGGACGGCCUGAUGUACGAGCAGUACCGCAUAGACAGCGGGAACACUCGGGACAUGACCCUCAUCCACAGCUACUUUGGGAGCACACAGGGGCUCUCUGACGAGCUGGCCAAGCAGCUGUGGAUGGUGCUGCAGAGGUCGCUGGUCACCGUCCGUCGUGACCCCACCUUGCUGGUGUCUGUUGUCAGGAUCAUCGAAAGGGAAGAAAAGAUUGACAGGCGCAUACUUGAUCGAAAAAAGCAAACUGGCUUUGUUCCUCCGGGGAGACCCAAGAACUGGAAGGAGAAGAUGUUUGCUAUCUUGGACAGAACUGUAACUACCAGAAUCGAGGGCACGCAGGCAGACACCAGGGAGUCCGACAAGAUGUGGCUCGUUCGCCACUUAGAAAUUAUAAGGAAGUAUGUCCUAGAUGACCUCACUGUUGCCAAAAACUUGAUGGUUCAGUGUUUUCCUCCCCAUUAUGAGAUUUUCAGGAAUCUCCUGAGCAUGUACCACCAGGCCCUGACCACACGGAUGCAGGAGCUGGCCUCGGAAGACCUAGAAGCAAAUGAAAUUGUGAGCCUGUUGACUUGGGUCUUAAACACCUACACAAGCACAGAGAUGAUGGGAAACGUGGAGUUGGCCCCAGAAGUGGAUGUUAGCAGCCUGGAGCCUUUGCUUUCUCCAAACGUGGUCUCUGAGCUGCUGGACACGUACAUGUCAACUCUUACUUCAAACAUCAUUGCCUGGCUGCGCAAAGCUCUAGAAACAGAUAAGAAAGACUGGAUAAAAGAGACUGAGCCUGAAGCUGACCAAGACGGGUACUACCAGACGACAUUACCGGCCAUUGUCUUCCAGAUGUUUGAACAGAAUCUUCAAGUUGCUGCUCAGAUAAGUGAAGAUUUGAAAACAAAGGUACUAGGUUUGUGUCUUCAGCAAAUGAAUUCUUUCUUAAGUAGAUACAAAGACGAAGCUCAGCUGUAUAAGGAGGAGCACUUGAGGAACCGGCAGCACCCUCACUGCUACGUCCAGUACGUGAUUGCCAUCAUCAACAACUGCCAGACCUUCAAAGAAUCCAUAGUCAGUUUAAAGAAGAAGUACUUAAAAAACGAAGUGGAAGAAGGCAUGUCUCUGAGCCAGCCGAGCAUGGACGGGAUUCUAGAUGCCAUCGCGAAAGAGGGCUGCAGCAGCCUGCUGGAGGAGGUCUUCUUGGACCUGGAGCCACAUCUCAGUGACCUAAUGACAAAAAAGUGGCUGUUGGGAUCAAAUGCUGUAGACAUCAUCUGUGUCACCGUGGAAGACUAUUUCAAUGAUUUUGCCAAAAUUAAAAAGCCAUAUAAAAAGCGGAUGACGGCCGAAGCACACCGACGCGUGGUGGUGGAGUACCUGCGGGCUGUCAUGCAGAAGCGCAUUUCCUUCCGCAGCCCUGAGGAGCGCAAGGAGGGGGCCGAAAGGAUGGUCCGGGAGGCUGAGCAGCUGCGGUUCCUGUUCCGCAAGCUGGCGUCUGGCUUCGGCGAAGAAGUGGAUGGGUACUGUGAUACGAUCGACGCCAUUGCAGAAGUGAUUAAGCUGACAGACCCGUCCCUGCUCUACCUGGAAGUUUCGACUCUGGUCAGCAAAUACCCAGACAUCAGAGACGACCACAUCGGUGCUCUGCUGGCCAUGCGAGGGGAUGCCAGCCGGGACAUGAAGCAGACCAUCAUCGAGACAUUGGAGCAGGGCCCCACGCAGGCAAAUCCGAACUACGUGCCCAUCUUCAAAGAAAUCAUAGUUCCCAGUCUGAAUGUGGCCAAGCUGCUCAAGUAGCCUCUCAGUUUCCAGCCUGAAGCUGGUCCCGCACUCAUCACCCCGAGAGUGACAGCCAGGGAUGCAUGAUGCCGAGCACAAGGCUUCCUGAGAGACAGGCGCUCUGGUGGUGGGUUCUGGCCCUCUCGUCAUGGACAGGCUUUGUGAGCAGGGUCCUGGCUGGCUGUUCCUGUUUGUCUCUCAGCCUCCCUCUCUUCUGCAGUGUCAGCACUUUGGAUGCCUCUGUUCAAUAAAAGUAACCGCUGCGGGGAACUUA